AUGGAAAGGCGCCGGGGUGGCUGGCGGGUGGCGCGCGGCGGGGACCGGGCCAUGGCGACGCUAACUGUCCCUCCGCAGUGGGGGACCGGCGAGACCCGGAUGGCCCUGGUAACGGUCCCCGCGCUGCUGCUGCUGCUGCUGCUGCCAAGCGUGGCGGGUGCAUCAUGCUGCUACCUUGCAAAGGGUAACUUAAUGUGCCGUGAUGUCUGUGAACAGAUUUUGACAUCCAAGAGUGAUUCUCAUUUAAAACACCUAUUGCAACGUGCACCUGAAUAUUGUCCAGAAACAAUGGGAGAGGUUUGGGGCUGUAUAAAUUCUUCUUUGCCAGGUGUUUUGAAGAAAUCCGAUGGCUGGGUUGGUUUAGGUUGCUGUGAGUUAGCCAUUGCUGUAGAAUGUCGACAAGCAUGUAAACAGGCAUCUUCCAAGAACGAUAUUUUGAAAAUUUGCAGGAAAGAAUAUGAGAAUGCCCUUUUUAGUUGCAUAAACAGAAAUGAAAUGGGAUCAGUUUGUUGCAGUUAUGCUGUUCAUCACACAAACUGCCGGGAAUAUUGCCAAGCAAUCUUUCGAACAGACUCUUCUCCAGGUCCUUCCCAAAUAAAAGCUGUUGAAAAUUACUGCGCCUCUGUUAGCCCACAAUUAAUUCAUUGUGUGAACAACUAUACACAAUCCUAUCCAAUGAGAAACUCAACAGAUAGUUUAUACUGCUGUGAUAGAGCAGAAGAUUAUGCCUGCCAAACAGCUUGUAAAAGGAUCCUGAUGUCAAUGAAAACAGAACUUGAAAUUGUGGAUGGACUUAUUGAAAGCUGUAAAACGAUGCCUCUUCCACAGGAUCCUCUCUGGCAAUGCUUCUUGGAGAGCUCAAGAUCUGUUCACCCUGGAGUCACUCUGCAUCCUCCACCUUCAACGGGCAUGGAUGGUGCUAAGUUGCACUGUUGUUCCAAAGCAAAUACUUCCAUAUGUAGAGAUUUAUGCACUAAACUUUAUAGCAGCAGCUGGGGCAAUACACAGAGCUGGCAAGAAUUUGAUCGUUUUUGUGAGUAUAACCCAGUCGAAGUUUCCAUGUUGACCUGUUUAGCAGAUGUACGUGAACCUUGUCAGCUGGGCUGUAGAAAUCUUACUUACUGCACUAAUUUUAAUAACAGGCCAACCGAACUCUUCAGGAGCUGCAAUGCCCAAUCAGACCAAGGAGCAAUGAAUGACAUGAAACUCUGGGAGAAAGGAAGCAUUAAGAUGCCAUUUAUAAAUAUUCCUGUUCUUGAUAUUAAAACAUGUCAACCAGAAAUGUGGAAGGCAAUUGCUUGUUCAUUGCAGAUUAAACCUUGUCACAGUAAAUCUAGAGGAAGCAUCAUUUGCAAAUCAGACUGUGUGGAAAUUCUCAAGAAAUGUGGAGACUUAAACAGAUUUCCUGAAGGGCACAUGGCUGAAAGCAUUUGUGAACUUUUAUCUCCAACAGAUGAUUUGGAAACUUGCAUACCCCUAGAUACAUAUAUUCGUCCAAGUACUCUAGGUAACAUUGUGGAGGAUGUUACACACCCCUGUAAUCCAAAUCCUUGUGCGGCCAAUCAGUUGUGUGAAGUGAACAGAAAAGGAUGUCAGCCUGGGGAACCCUGUCUUCCUUAUUCUUGCGUGCAGGGCUGCAAGUUGGGUGAAGCUUCCGAUUUUAUUGUCCGCCAAGGUACACUCAUCCAGGUUCCAUCCUCUGCAGAUGUCGGUUGCUAUAAAAUUUGCACAUGUGGCCAGAGUGGACUGCUAGAAAACUGCAUGGAAAUGCACUGUGUUGACCUCCAAAAGUCAUGUAUUGUUGGAGGUCAAAGAAAAAGCCAUGGAACAUCUUUUAAUAUAGAUUGCAAUGUCUGUUCUUGUUUUGCUGGGCAUUUGAUAUGCUCCGCUCGUCAGUGUCUGAAUGAAUACAGCUCAGAUGAUGAGCGUCACAUGUUUACAGGAUUACCGUGUAACUGUGCUGAUCAGUUUGUCCCAGUGUGUGGGCAGAAUGGACGCACCUAUCCAAGCGCAUGUAUAGCACGUUGUGUUGGACUAGAGGACAAUCAAUUUGAAUUUGGAUCCUGCAUAUCCAAGGAUCCUUGCAACCCUAAUCCCUGUAUUAAAAAUCAGAGAUGCAUACCAAAGCCACAGGUUUGCUUAACCAAUUUUGAGAAGUUUGGAUGCAACCAGUAUGAAUGUGUGCCCAGACAAUUCAGUUGUGGUGACCAGUUGAAAGAUCCUGUUUGUGACACAGACAAUAUAGAAUAUAGCAAUCUCUGUUCUCUGCACCAAAAAGGAAAAAGUGUAUCCUACAAAGGUCCAUGUCAGUCCUUCUGCAAAUCAGUAGAUUUGGUAUGCGGCCAUAAUGGUGAAACCUACAGCAAUGUUUGUGCUGCCUAUUCCGAUCGUGUGGCUGUAGAUUACAGUGGACCUUGCCAAGCUGUAGGAGUCCUUUCUGACUACAAUUAUCAAGGAGAAUGUGUGUCUGUUACAUGUCCUCAUCUUUCAGCAACUGGAUAUAAACCUAUUAUCCCACCAGGAGCUUGCUGUCCUCUGUAUGCAGGAAUGCUGAGGGUCUUGUACGAUAAAGAAAAACUGGAUAUCUUUGCCAGGAUAACCAAUAAAAAGCCAAUCACGGUACUUGAAAUACUUCAAAAAAUCCGCCUGCAUGUUUCUGUGCCACAGUGUGAUGUCUUUGGAUACUUCAGCAUUGAAUCUGAAAUCGUGAUUCUUAUCGUUCCGGUUGAUCAAAAUCCCAAGCCUCUCCAGAUUGAAGCCUGCAGUAAAGAAGCAGAGAAGAUAGAAUCGCUGAUCAAUUCUGACAGUCCUGCCUUAGCAUCCCAUGUGCCACUCUCAGCACUGAUAGUAGCCCAAGUGGAAGUUUCAUUGAAGAUGUUUUCUUCCUGUAGUCAAAUUAUGCCAGCACUGCAUUUGCUCCUUUGGAGCUUUGUGUUCACUUUCACAACCACAGUAUGAAAUGCAUAGUGGUAACGAAAAGUAAGUUUUUGAAAUUUGAUUUGCGAAAGACAUUCAGAACUGCUAAUGUAUUGAUAAUAUAAAUAUGUAUUACAUCUGAGAAGAGACUACAUGGCCAGAGCUAUUGCUCCCCACAACCCCAGGAGUUAAUUACAUUACAAUGUUAGCAUAUUAUUUGUGUCAUCUUAAUCUUUAAUUUAUAAUAUCAAGCAGUCAUGCACAGUUUAUUCUGAUGACAGUUUCCGCCCCACCAUUUUAUUAGAGUCAUAGUUGUGUCUGUUUUAUACAUACUCAUUUCUUUAGACCCUCUGCCUUUUUGAACUGACAGGUUUGGAAAGUUCUGUAGAGCUUCAACAAUUCACAAACAUUUUUUACUAAAGAUGGUAGCAGGAUAAAAGAAAUAAAUGUACACAACAGACGAUAGCUUUAUCACACUGCUUUCAACUCUCUAGGAAAGAAGUUAUCUUUUAUCUCAAGCCUUAGACUGCUGCUUAGCACAUGACACAGUAGAAUUUAAACAGCCUAACUGCAUGUUUAUUUGGAAGUAGGUCUCACUGUGUAGGAUGGUACUUAGGUUUGAGUGCACAUAGAAUCAUAGAAUAGCAGAGUUGGAAGGGGCCUACAAGGCCAUCAAGUCCAACCCCCUGCUCAAUGCAGGAAUCCACCCUAAAGCAUCCCUGACAGAUGGUUGUCCAGCUGCCUCUUGAAGGCCUCUAGUGUGGGAGAGCCCACACAUAGUAAAUGAGUUCAGUCUUAGUAACUUUCCCUUAUCCCUACAUACUUUAAAAGAUACACAGUUCCUAACACAGCAGCCCAGGCUCAUCCAAAGAUAAUUAUGCAUAAGAUAUUGGGCACAGCUAGGAUUACAUGGGAAAAGUUGCAUACAGGGGCCUUAGGCAGCAUGAAAUUAUACCGAAAGGUGGAUGAAAAUGUGCACCUUUAUUUGUGCUAUGCAGGGGUGGCUGGGGGCUCAUUUCCCCAUCAAUUUACAGCCACAUCCACAUACGUCGGUUGACUGACCCAAACACAGCAGCAUCCUGGGCUUACCAAUUUGUAGGAAGGGUUUACAUUUUGAUCUGUUCAGCACAUGUUUUUGUGCAUCCAGAGCACCUGUGCAGUGCACAGGCCAGUUCCUAACUGUGAAGGCAAAAUAAUUGUUGGAUUAAGAUGACUAUUUUCAUUUCCCUGAAAAGAGGACAUUAUUGUGCAAAUAUUUUAUUUUCAGCAGUAGAGACAUAUUGUAUAAGAUUAUUGAAAAGUAUUAUUUUUAUAUUACUUAGAGGUAUAUCAUUCAGAAUGAUGGACAUAUACCUAUUUUUAAACAUCAAGUUUUGAAGGAAAUAAAUUGCUGCUACUUAACUAAUCUACCAAAAAUGAAUUGAAUAAAUAACUUUUCAUGUAAAUACAUUAUAUAUUUUAUUAUGAAGAAUAUAGCCAUGGGCCUGGUUCUGCAAAUAAUGUUGAGUAAAAUUAUACACGCACAGAAGGGUUUGCAGAACAUUGCCCCCCGUCAAUCAUGUUUUAAGCUAGUAUCUUUACGUAAGAAAUGUAUGCAAUGUACAGAUUGAAGUUGCAAAUACAGUUUGCUCCUUUUAGAAGCAAAAUUAUGAAGAAUGUUAAACUAUUUAUACAUGUCAUUCUAGAUACUGCAGCAUUUGCAUAUUAUCUAAAUUUAUACUUUUGUGUUAAUGUUUUAUACAAAGCAUAUAUUUUAAUACUCAGAGCCCAAACUAGCAGGAAGGUUUCCUGUACAAGCUCUGUUUAAGUGAAUGGGAGUUGUACAAGAGUCCACUAAUGAUCUCUAACAGCUCCUAUUCCCUUUCUGCUGGAUUGUGCCCUUACAGUGUUUGUGCACCUGUACUUUAUCUACAUGAAGUAUUUUGUAUCAGUAUUAUGAUAGUCAACUUUUGAAGUGUAUACAGGUAGCAUCAUCUUUGCCAAAUUGUUGUACUUUGAAAGAAAGCACUGAAAAUUAUUUUCAACAUCUGUGUUGUCAAGUGUUUGUUUUGAUUCUUAUAAAAAGAAAAACUUCGUAAUGCAAUAUAAAAACUUUUAUUUUAAUAAAAAUAAAUUUUA